AAAGCCCAUAGUUAGGCUUUUUGGCCAAAUAGCGCUGUGGUUUUCUGGUAUGAACCAGUUGAAAAUAGCUAAUCAGUUAACAAAUACUUACAUAAAUUGAUGUGGACAUAGUCAGGUUCAAUCACUACAAAAAAUUAGAUGAGUUUAUUUUAUAAUGAUUUUUUAUGAGCAGGUUGCGGUGUAGCACUGAUUUGACUUCAUGUGAAACUGAACAAAGUUAUUCUAAUUUCUUUUAAUGUUGAGAGAUUUCCCAACACAUUUUUGAAUUUCUAAAAAUGUUGCCAGAAACAAAAGAAUGUUUUAUUAUGAUGUUUAAGUAUGUUUAAAAUGUUUCAUGUUGCCAUGGUAUCUUUUGUCAUGUUUUAACUUUGAUUUUAUGUUUAUUAGUGUCUAUAGUAAAAAAAUGACGAAGUUGCCUCCAGAAACGCCAAGCAAUAUCCAGCCUUCAAUGUUUGAUGAUAGCGAUUCUGAACUUCUUUUUUGUCAACAAGAAAGAUUGGAUCAAAACUCACCUGAAUUAUGGCCAGAACAAAUUCCAGGAGUUACAGAAUUUAGCGCCUCGUCCUUGUUUGCUAGUCCUCUUCAGCCUGUCUUUGAUUCGACCAUAGAAAGAGUUGCAGAUCCAGUACUUGAAAAAGAAGAUUUGGAAAUGCUUCAAGAAUUUGGUAGUCUUAACGUUACCCAGAUCAUGGAAAAGUUUCAAAGCUUGAAGCAACAAGUUUAUGUUUUAGGUCAAGAGGAAGCGCGAGAAAUGACACGAGGAAAGUUCUUAAACAUUUUAGGUAAAACAAAGAAGAAAAAGAAAGGAAAGUAAAGAAACUGCAUGAAUUCAAAUAAUCGUUUUUGGUGUACAGCUUAUGGACAACAUGAUGGUGGCAUUAGCGUUUUAUAUACAUUAGGGAAGAAAAUCAUGAUGUAACUGCUCCUUCACUAAUGACUAUUUACUGUAUAUUUUACAGUCUGUUCUGGUAGUUAUGGUAAUUGUAAGGAAUUUAUAUGAUGAAUAAUUGUAUCUAGCACUGUCUAUUGAGAGAUCCACUUUGUAAUUUGCAUCAGUAUCAUUAUUAAAAUAAUAAAGAUUACUGGUACAAAAGA